AUGUUGGUGCCGGUUGAGCUGCCUGCUCCUCCUCCUCGUGUCCCCGACUUUCCCCCGCCUCUGCCGGCCGACGAGCCAGCGACGAUCCACGUCGGCACCACGCACAUGGACGAGAUCGACCACCCAACUACCUCUCUCACCUCGGCGUUCGCCAACAGCACCGUGCCCAACCGGUACCGCGUUCGGGCGCGUGUGCUCAGCGUCCGGGCGUGCGGCCUCCCAACCUUCGAGAACGACCUGGCAGUGUUCUACUGCCGCAGGUGCCGCCACUCGUUCAAAUUCGACUACUGCAUGUCGUGUGGUGAUAGGCAGCACGUCCACGCGACGUGCCGAUGGGAGAUGGUCCUCGAGCUCCAGGACCCAGCCAACCCCGGCCAGACGUGGCCAGCCAUCCUGUCGGACAGCGAGGCUGAGAUCAUGCUGCCCGCCCUGCCUACGAUCCACGGGGGCGUCAAUGAGGUCAAGCGGGCCCGCAAUCGGAUCAAGGAGCUCACUGUGCGCGUUCACGAGGUACUCAUGGGCGCGAGGGUGUCGGGCGUGCGCCCCCACUACAUCAUCGACAUGACGCUGCAGAGCCAUGUGGUCAAGUCGGGCAAGAACAAGAUUCUUGUGUACUCUGUGUUUGGGAUGAAGGCGGCGAGAUGA